AUGUCGCAUCGUAGUAGAGGCUGUCUGAGAUGUCGACAGCGAAGAGUCAAGUGUGACCGAGCCCGGCCAUCGUGCAUGAGAUGCGUGACGCGCAAUGAGCGCUGCGUGGGCUACAGGGACGAAAAUGACUUGCUCUUUGAAAACGAAACGGAAAAGAUUGUCAAAAGAAACCAGGCCGCCGUCCAGUUGGCGGAUACGGCAAGCUUGACUUGGGCGUCAACGCCGUCGUCAGCAUCGCGAUCGUCGGCGUCCAGUCACCGUGGACGCACACGAAGUCUAUCGCCAUCACGUUACACUACAUCCCCAUCUACCACUUCAUCGCAUUAUCUUGAUAGCGAAGCCCUCCCCUGGACCGCAGAGAGAUCGGCGGGACCCGGGCUCAAAGACUGUGGCAUCGCAACAGAUGUCGCCGUGGCACAUUUUUUUGACCGCUACGUUUUGUACCCAUGCAGUGAUGCCUCGACACCAGGGUUCCUGGAGCAUCUUCCCUGCUUGUUCAAGGAAGUCAACGUCGAGGGACGGCAAGCGCUGCGUUGGGCCGUCAAGGCCACGGCACUUGCGGACCUGUCGCGGCUUGAAGAGUCAACUCCCGAAGCGGCCGGCGCAGCAUUUGACUGUUACGGAGAAGCGCUGACGGCUCUCAGAGAGUCUUUAUCGGAGAAGGGGAAAGUCCCGGACGAUUACGAUCUCAUGACAGUUGUUGUGCUGGACAUAUUCGAGACUCUGUUCAUGCCAGACUACGUAGAUGACCAAUCUCACGCACAGGGAAUGGCUCACAUUCUGCGGCUGCGAGGUCAGGGCCAGUUCCACGAUGCAAGAAGCUGGGGUCUAUUUCGGCUUGCUCACCACCGUGUGCAAAAACAACAGCUGGCGAAGAAGAUGCCGCCUCUGCCAGAAGCCAGAGCCUGGCUGGAUACCUUUGGCGGGAGCGACGGCAUGGGCCGCCUCGAAAGAGACGGGCAGAGCAUCUCCGCUCUCUGCCACCGGGCGAGGCAGCUUCUGACUCGCAUCAGCGACCGCGACGCACCGUCCAACGCCGAGAUUCUGCAGCUUGUGCUCGAGAUGCAGCAGCUGGACAAAGAGGCGACGCUGUGGCGGCAGACGCCCGAGUGGUCCUUUUCGACAGUCGCAAAAAGCGUCGACUUGCGCCUACCCCAGGAGCUGUACCGUGUGCUGCCGGACACGCUGCAGCUACACCGCGACAUUUGGAUGGCGUACGAGUGGAACUACCACCGCGCGGCGCGCAUGAUUCUUCACGGGCAGCUGCUGCAGUGCCUGGGCGAGACUGUAUCCAGCAUGGAGGCGGCGCAGCCGUCGUCGGGCUAUCUGGAUGAGUUGUCGCUAGCGCUGGAGCUUCGCAUGCAGAUGGAAGUGUCGGUGUCGACUGUGCAGAUACUGGCGGACGAGGUACUCGGCACAGUGCCGCAAGCAUUUGGUGACGUGGACGCCAAUGGACGUCCGGCGGAACCGGACAGGCUGCCCGGCUGCCGGGCGAUAGGCGCAUAUUUGCUGCUGUGGCCGAUCAAGAUCCUCAAGGGAAAGGAGGCGGCGACAAGCGAGGCGCAGAAGCACGCUGGUAGUGUCAUAUUUGCGAGGAUACGCGACUGCACGGGCAUGAAGAAGAAUCUUGGGGAACUGUCCAUUAUUUGA